UCCAGUAGUCAGCGACAUCUAUUGACAAGAAAUUAAAAGUUGAAUAAAUUUUCUUACUCGGAAAAUGACAGUAGUGGAACAAAAUAGAUUUCCCGUCUCGGUGAGUUUUCAAGUUUGAACUGAAAAUCCAGGAGAAGGAGCUCCAAGUUUCCAGUCGGAGUCGUGCUCUGCACGAAGAAUAUUAGGAGAAAAUCGAGAUCAGCCGAUGUUGGCUAGCUGUCAUUUACAUUGUAUUUUCAACAGUCGUUUCCAAUAAAUUGUAACAUCCCUAUUGUGGUCCCUAUGUAGGUUUUUAAAGUGAAUAUUUUUGUUGUGGUGUGGUAAAAAUCAUUCCUCGAAAGCGAGGUAUUUAAAAGAGAGUGUCGGGUGCCAUGUUUACGGGGACUGUUCGUAUAAAAUUAUGCGAGGCCCAGGGCCUGAGACCGACGGAUUGUUCUAUGCGUUAUACUUUCGGGAAACCCGAUGAACAGCUCCUGGACCCGUAUGUAACAAUCGAUGUCGAUGACACCCAUGUGGCCCAAUCUACCAGUAAACAGAAGACUUUUGACCCCGUUUGGAAUGAAUACUUUGAGCACCAGGUGGAGAACGCCAAGGCGCUGACCCUGACGGUGUUUCAUGACGCCGCGAUUCCUCCUGACGUCUUCGUGGCGAACGUCUGCAUUCCUUUCGAGGAUCUGUUAAGCAGGGAGAGAGAUGAAUCUGAUUUUUGGGUUAAUCUUGAGCCUAAAGGUCGACUGCAUAUUAGAAUAGAUCUAAGGAUGACAUCGAAUGAUUAUGGAGGGAAACCCAGAGAAUUUAAAGAACGUCAAGGGUUUAACAGAAGGCGCGGGGCUAUGCGAAGAAGAGUCCAUCAGGUUAAUGGUCACAAAUUUAUGGCUACUUUCUUACGACAACCUACUUUUUGUUCACAUUGUCGAGAUUUUAUUUGGGGUUUGGGCAAGCAAGGUUAUCAAUGUCAAGUUUGUACCUGUGUUGUUCACAAACGAUGUCAUCAUACCGUCGUUACAAAAUGUCCUGGGAUGCAGGAUGAGUCGAACCAGCAUCAGAGCACUGGUUUUAAUGUAAAUGUACCACAUCGAUUUGUAGUUCAUAACUACAAACGAUUUACAUUUUGUGAUCAUUGUGGAUCACUUUUAUAUGGACUGAUUAGGCAAGGGCUUCAAUGUGAAGCUUGUUGUAUAAAUGUUCACAAACGUUGUCAAAAGAAUGUUGCCAACAACUGUGGAAUCAACACCAAGCAAAUGGCCGAGAUUCUAACACAAAUUGGUGUAUCGCCUGAUAAACAAACGCCCAGGCGAAGUAAAUUGUUACCGGGUUCUGGUGGAAAUGGAGGCCAACAAGAUUCAGAAAAUACAACAUCAGGAAGUGAUCCAACGGGAGAAGAUUUAUCCAAAACUAUGGAAGAAAAAUUAGCAAAUAAUGGGGAAGGUGCAACUAGUAAAAAAACAAUCGGUCUUAAUGAUUUCCACUUCAUGAAAGUACUUGGGAAAGGAAGUUUUGGUAAAGUCAUGCUUGCCGAGAAGAAAAAUACGGACGAAGUGUAUGCUGUCAAAGUUUUGAAAAAAGAUGUUAUCAUCCAAGACGAUGACGUUGACUGUACCAUGACGGAAAAACGAAUUCUAGCUCUUGCAGCCAACCAUCCGUUCCUCACGGCUUUACACUCAUGUUUUCAGACUAAAGAUAGAUUGUAUUUUGUUAUGGAGUACGUCAAUGGUGGCGAUUUAAUGUUUCAGAUACAACGUGCCAAAAAAUUCGACGAACCGCGCGCGAGGUUUUACGCGGCCGAAGUAACGCUGGCGUUACAAUUUUUGCACAAACACGGUGUCAUUUAUAGGGAUCUCAAAUUGGAUAAUAUAUUAUUGGACGCGGAGGGUCAUUGCAAAUUGGCUGAUUUCGGCAUGUGUAAAGAAGGAAUUGUGGAUGGAGUGACUACGUCUACGUUUUGUGGAACUCCUGAUUAUAUUGCCCCCGAGAUAUUACAGGAAUUGGAGUAUGCAGCAAGUGUAGAUUGGUGGGCAUUGGGAGUACUUAUGUACGAAAUGAUGGCAGGUCAACCACCCUUUGAAGCUGACAAUGAAGAUGAUCUAUUCGAAUCAAUUCUACACGAUGAUGUGUUAUAUCCAGUAUGGUUGAGUAAGGACGCUGUUAGUAUAUUAAAAGGUUUUAUGACUAAAAAUCCUAGUCGACGAUUGGGAUGUGUGGUAGCUCAUGGGGGAGAAGCGUCUAUUCAAGGUCAUGCCUUUUUUAAGGAAAUCGAUUGGACUGCUUUAGAACAAAGAAGGGUUAAACCUCCUUUCAGGCCAAGAAUAAAAAGCAGAAAAGACGUGACAAACUUUGAUGCUGAAUUUACCAGGGAAGAGCCAGUUUUGACACCAAUCAGUAAUGAAGUGCUGCAAUCUAUUAACCAGGACGAGUUCAGAGGUUUCACAAUUGUUAAUAGGGAUUUCAAUCCAUCACGAUUUAUAGCCGAGUAGACUUCAUAUCAUUUGAAGGAUAUUUCGACCUGAAUUGAUUGCCAGGUAUUUUCACCUUCAGUUAAACUGACUUGAAAGAACUUAAAGCUUUAAUUAUUUAACUUAAUUGUGUACGUCCGUACUCGAAAAAACUGAAUUUAUUUUUAUUAGUUGUACUUGCCUUACCUCCAGGUAUUUAUAGUGGUUGUUAUUUUGUUGUGUUCUGGUCGAUUCUUUACCAUUUCCGCCAAAAUUUUAGAUAUAUAAAUAUUGUAUGCAUUGUGUAUCAACUUAGAUCAAAAUUUUGUAUUACAUCAAUUCCUUAAACUAAAAAUUCAACUUAAAAUAAAAAUAUUAAUUGAUAUAUAAAAAAGAAAAUGUAUUUAAUUUUUUAUUGGUUUCAGUUUAAAAACAUUAUCAUUUUUAAAGGUAAUAGUGUCCAUAAAUAUACACAGUAUAUCUUGACAAUGUUAUUGAAUUACUGAUUAUGUUGUCUUGAGUAAUCAAUGUUUAAAUCGUAUUUAUAUCUUUUUAAUCAUUGAGUGAUAUACAGGCAGAAUUGUGAAAUUUGAAUUACAUGAAAAUAUAACUAAAAGUAUUACAUUAGAGAUUUAAAUUACAAUUCUUAAAAGGAAAUGCAAGAAUUGACCAAUUAAUUUUUAGCCAAAUGGUAUUUUGUUUAUCUGCUUAAGAUUGUGAUUUUCGCACAAAAUCUAAGAUUAAAAAUAUAUAUUCUUAAGUAAUUUGGAUCGCUGGAACGCUCAUUGAUUUAUUAAUAUUUUAUUGAUAAGAAACAUUUUUUUUUUUAUUUAUUUACAAUAAGUUCAGUAUAGUUCAUAAAUCAAAUUAUGCCAAAUUUCAAGAAAAAGUGAAUAAAUAUAUCAUCGUAUAAGUGUAAAUAAUUCUAAAAAUAACUUUUUCUAAAAUAUAAGAAAUUUAUUUGCUUAUCCAAUUUAGUAAAUUUUCCCGUUUUGUUGGUUUGAAAUGUUCACCGAAAAUGCUCUUUUACUCUAAAAUAACAAAGUUAUUUACAUCGUCAUUUAUUUUUUCCUUUUUUUCCAAUAGUUCUGAGCUUUGUUGAUUAUCUGAUCUUCUUUUACCAGUUUUCUUUUUUUAAUUGAGUUUAACAUUGCUGAUACUCCCUUUCACUGUAAUUAAAAGUUCACCGUACUUUCACUUACCACAUACUUUUUAUGAAUACCUUGCACGGGCAUCAUAUAGAUUUAUUGUUUUAGACAAUUUGGUGUGCAGUGUAGUAUUGCGAAAAAAAUAAGCAAAAUAAAAAUAAUUUCAAUUUCAAAUGUGACCAAGAUAUAAAAUAAAAGAAAAUAAGAAAUUAUCUAAACGAUGCGUCACAAAAUAAUACAAAAACAACUACUCCUUUGGUUAUUACCACAACAGGCAUAUCAAGGUAAACUCCAUAAAAAUCGCUAAGUUUGAGCGGCUGUUACUCGGUCCGUUUUUAUCUAAAAAACUUUUAUAAUUUAGCAUUUUAAAUGAAAUUUAGUCUACUUUUUUUAUAUAAAGCAAUGCCUAUUCCUAUCUUUGCUCAGAAAACCCAAAAAAGUUAAAAGUAAAAUAACAAAAAUUGAUUUUUUGUUUUAUUUUUUAAUAUUUUUUGCAUAAAAAGUUAAUUUUUUUAAAUAAUCUAUUUCGAUGGGAAACAACCGCAUUCUCUGCAAAUAAUUUCCUAUUAACUAUACUUGAAUGUUGCUUCGUUUUCAAGAUAUAAUUAAAAAACUAUAAGGGUUGUAUUUUCACCUUUAUCUCCAAUGUUCACCCUUAUUUCCAAUUUCCACCCACUAAUUUAAUAGCACUCUGAGAUUUUUCAUCUUUAAGGACCGUUUGAACGAUUCAUGCGAUUAAAACUCGUGAUGGUGAUAGUUCCUUAUUGCUCUCUUUUUUUUUAGGACAUAAUCAAUAGCCUAAUAAACACGUGAGCAAGAAUAAGAAGUAACCAAAAAUUAAAUUAUGCCCAUCCCAUACAAUUUUAUACAUUUAAAAAGUGAUUAUCUGUGAGUGUUUAUACUUGGCUGAACCUCCAUACAUGUAGAGUGAAUUUAAUGCAUAGAUUCCAUCAGAUACUGAAAUCUAGAAAGCCUUUUCUUACUUACGAGUCCUAAUAAGGACAAAAGCGGUCCAAGAAUGACGUUCUCCUUAGUAAGCACAAAAUAAUUGUCUACCUUCGCUGUUUUUCAAUUUCUGUUGCGGUGUUAGCCAAAGGAGUAGAUGAUUUCAGAAAAGAAAUGGUCAUUCAUAUUAUUUUGUAAAACACGGGUUAGAUAAUUUGUUUUCACUUAUUUUUAAAAUAAAUGAAGACGUCCUCCUUUAUACUAAAAAAAACUAUUUAUCCUUGGAAUUAAAAAAUCAUCUAAAGAUUUUAUUCACUUAUUUUCAUCAUACCAUUUAUUUUGAAUCAAUCAAUAUUUUUAGCUAUCACAAGUUAUUCAUAUUGAUAAUUUGAGACAUGAUCUAUAUUGUACUUAGUUUAAUAUAUUUUUUUAGUUUUUACCAACUGAGACAUUGGCAUUUAUUCAGUAUUUAAAAUUUCGGUAGUGUAUGCCUUAAAAUGGGUACUUCAAUCAUUAAUGUAAUGUAAAAAAUUAUUUUUUUUUAUUGCAUUUUUCUUUUCAAAGUACAAUCUGCUAAAAUGUCUUGGUUGGUUGUUUUUAAAAUUUAGCUCUUAGAUCUGACUUUAUUUGUUCAGUUGCUGUGAUUUCUAAAACAAGAGAGUUACAAAAGUAGAUUUGAAAUCACCUGUUAAUCUAGUCAUUAAUGGCCUAUGUAUACAUAUAUGACAUAUACUUAUACAUAUAUGGCAUAUAUAGUAGUUAAAAGCAGUCCUAGUACUUUUAUAAUAGGAAUUUAUUAACGGAAUCCUAAAAGAAACAAGUUUAUUAUAAAUACAGUAUUUUUUGUUGUUUUACGGGUGUCGCCAAUAUAUAAUCAGCCAAUACCUUGUUAUUUUAGGAUUCAUGUCCUUCUGAGCCUUAACGACCCUAAUCUAGGCUGCAUCAAAAUUGUAUAAAUUAUAAAAAUACCAUCAAACUAAACUUAUUGCCAUUAAAAAAAAAAAAAAAAGGACGAGAGGAAAUUUGUAUAUAGUACAAAUUGCAUAUUUGUUGCAGUUUAAAUACCCUUACCUGUAAUUUUAUAGUAUUUUUCAAUUUUUGAACCAUCACACUUAAAAUAGUUAAAAAAAGCAUGUAAGAUUUUAAACUAUGAACGCUUCAUAGUUUAGUAUUAUUCUAUAAUCCAAAAUAAAUCUGUGGGAGAGUUAAAAGUACCAAUGUUGAUACUUUCGAGUUAAUAGGGAAUGUUUUAUCAUGAGAAAUUCCAUCUGGAAAUUAUUCCGCUUGAUAUUUUCGUUUUAUUUUGUUUGGGAAGUUGAGCUGAUUAUAAAUUAAAGUGAAAAAGGCGCUGGAGUGCUUUGGUCGGAUAUUGUCUAAAAAUUAAAUGAAUAGAAAAUAGAUAGUUGGAUAUUUUAUUUAACUGUGUUACAUAAAAAAAGUGUGUAGCAAGUCAACAAAUCAUAUCAAAUUAAUUAAUUAAACGCUUACCUAAAAAUUAAAUUAACUAGUUUAAUAGCAAAACGGUCAUGAGCAUGUGGACAAUUUUUAGUUUGUAAACCGUUUGACAAAGUUCUCUUUUUGCAGAUUAUGAAAUGGAUUAUUUAUCCAGAGUAGAUUAUUUCUUAUAGAAAAAUACUGACAUUACUUAAACUAAUUAUAUUUUUGAGAAUUAUAUCAAUCAUGGGUCACUCGGAAAAGUCAUGUCCGACGGAUUUAUUGUAUAUUACAGCUAUGACAAAAAUCUUCACAUUUGCUUUUAUAAAGUAUUCUUUGUACUCUAUAAACAUUUUCAUUCUCUUUAAUUUCUUAGAAUUCGAUGUGAAUGUACUUUAUAAUUUUGUUGAGUUCAGAAGGUGUACUCCUUUUACUCUGUUCACUCCAUAUCUAAUUUCACUGCAUGCUAAAUCAUUGUAUCUCUGUGGGCCUACUGGGGAUACCACGAUAAAAAAAACUCGCCGCUUACUCUACCCCAAGGUGGUGUGGAAAUGAGUUUUUUUGGUCAAAACCCGUGUUAAACUACACUUUGAGGAGCUCGUACGCUAAAACAAUUGAUUUUUCGAAAAAAAAAAAAAAGUUAUUAAAUUGUAGGAAAUUUUCUCUAGUUUCAUUUUGUAUAUAAAUGUAUUUAUCGUGAAAUGAGCCUGAAAAACUGCUUUUAGGCACCAUUUUUUCAAUGUGGUGACGCUAGCGGUAAAGAUAACGAGGUGGCAAAGUUAAAAUUCGAAAAGAGUACAUCGAAAUCUAAAAUUACUUGUUCAAAACUCCCAGAAAACUUACAGAUAACUUCUUUUUUUAGAACCAAAUGACUGUAUUACUUAGGUUAAAUCAAACAUUUAUCGGGUUAAACACAUACCAUUCAUAUCAUUUACAUAAAUUUCUUGUCUUUCAGUAUUUAGAUUAUACAUUUUUGAUUAAUGAGUAAUCAAUUCCUUAUUGUGCUAAAAGGAAUGAUUAAAACCAUCCAUUUACAGCUUUAAACACUUUUAUCAUGAGAUACAGGUACUGUUUUUAUAUUGUGAACAUUCCUAACACGUUUGUUCAAAUUUGAUUGGUUCGAAUACUAUACUCGUGUUUAGUGAAAACGUCACAGGUCAUAGCACAUGAUGGUAUCAAACAAAAGAACUGUCAUCUGUCAUUCAAUGUCCAUUUGAAUAAUAGAGCGGUCAUUGAAAUUAUUUUGCAUGAUUUUGAAAAUGAAAGCAAUUUAAUUAUUUAACAUAGUAGAACAUACGAAAGGUAAGGUAAUAACGUUUAUAUGUUUGUCUAUUGAUUUCAUUUUUUUUUUAAGGAAAAUAUCUUUCCUCGAUUUAAAGAAUUUUUACCCAGGGUACUCAAACCCUGGUUUUUGAAGUGGAUGCAAUUUAAUAAUUAUUUUUCCGUGAUUUGUGGAAUUAACCCAACUUAUUUGAAGUGUAAUUUUUUGAAAUGAUUUUAAAGUAGUAGCACAUGUCCUAGAGGCCAAGUGAUUUGCCCCAACAUGGUUGCCAAGGUCUAUCCACAUUAGCCGGACAAGGUACGGUCAAGUCACGGUCUAGUCACAAUCAAAUCUUUUUGAAAGCAUUCACACUAUCGGGUCAUGACAUCGUCAUAUUCGACCAGUUGUUCCAAUGUACAGCAGGCAAUCGUGCAUGAGUGUUUUUUGCUUGUAGCAUCGCAAUACGCGCUCUUAAAAAAUGUUUUCAACUUCACUAAUUAAAAUCAUACUUAUUUUGGAUGUAGAAAAAGAACAGCAAAAAAAAUAUAAAAAAUAAAAUAAGAUUUUGGGUACAUCCAAUGCUAAAAAAAAAUCGAAGGAGAUUUUUUUAAGUUACAUGAAAAACUUAUGGAUGAUGAAACAAAAUGUUUUGUUUAUUAUAGAAUGAAAAUUGUAGAAUUUCAAAACAUAUUUUUGACAAUUAAAGAUGAAUUUCGAAAAAAUGGUACCACAUUUAGGGAAUUUUUUCCCCAGCUAAAAAACUUUCAGUAUGUUUAAAAUCAUUUUCAGAUGAAAUUUUUUUUACAACCAUUUUAAAGAAAAUCUAAACAUAUACAGUAAUCACUCUGUCACAGCCCACUUUUUUGUCUGACUGGUUGGUCGUUGAGCAUCCACACUAGACGGUCUCGCGUUCACCGACAAUCAAGGUCCGAUCAAAUAUUGUUGGAAAUGAUCGGCCUGUGACUUGACCCUGGCUUGCUUGUUCGAUGACCGGCAUGUGUGAACGGUUUAAAAGAAAUCUCAUGUAAAAUUAUGACAAAUCAUUUUUGAUCGGACCGUGACUGGACCGUGUCUUGAUCGUGGCUAGACCUAUAGUGAGAAUAGACCAUUAUUGUAUUAUGCUCAUUACAAUAUUUGUGAAAGGCCGUACAGAAGCUAAAAAUGUCUUGAUGGCAGACGGUACAUCAGGGGUUGUGAUUUAUAUUAUUUUUUGUUUGGACAUAAUCCGUAAAGAGGCUGAAAGGGAUACUAAUUUAAAUAUUUUAAAUACAUUUUACCUUGGUAAAUUUAUAUCUGCUGUUUUUAAUAUAUAUUUUUUUUAAUACUUCGCAAUAAUAAAUUAUUUUACUACACAAAUAGGUAUUGAUAAUUUAUAUUAUUAUAUAAUAAAACAACUUCUUAUUUAUUUAUCUUUCAGAACAAAGAGUGAACUUUCGAAUAUAUAUCAUUUUCACACUUAUGUGUAUAAGUAAAAUGCAAAUGCAUAAUUUUUAUCAUUUCUUCUGUCCUCUCCACUUCCAUUUUUAAUAGAUAGUUUUCAGCUUUUGAGCAUAACAGAAUAUACAAAAGAAUAUAUAUUUUUCUUCAAGUGAAUCAAAAUAUGCCAUUGAAUCGAUAAACACAACAUACUACUUCCUAGUGUAACACAAAAUAAUUUUCCCUCAAAAACAGAUCAUGAAAUCCACAGAAUUACAUAUAAAGGUCAUCAACUUUCUGUUUAUAUGCUUUGAAUGUGUCAAUUAAUUAAGUUAUAUCCAAUUCAAAAACCGGAAUUUUCGUACCCUGGGUUAAAAUUCUUCAAAUAGAGGACAAAUAAAUAUUUUUCUUAAAAAAAAUUAUGAAAUCGAUAGACAAGCAUGUAAUAAGUAUAUUACGUAACAAGAGUUGUAAGUAACCCAUUACUUAAUUUCGCGAGUGCGUAAUGUGCUUACAAUUCGUGUAACGUACUAUACUCUUUCUACGCCCACUUAUUUUCUUCUAUUAAAUAAAGGACAUAUGCUUGUGUCGCCAAUCCAUAAAUUUUCGAUAGGUAAUUUCGUACCUUUUUUUUUAGAUUUUAGCGGUAACAAAUUAUGUGUGGCAUCGUGAGCUUUUUCCAAAAUCUCCGGUAGAGUGCUCAUAAUUUCAUCACUUUCACUACUAACAGAUAUAUUCGUAGGAAAAGUUGAGAAAAUGUUCGAAUACAAUAUUUUGUUACAAACAUUGACAAUAUAAAUCAUAAGACGUUUAUUUCAAUAACAUGCUAAGAAAACGCGACUUUUUUUAGAAAAAUUAUAUAAUGUGUUGCCGAUAUUUAGGGGCAUCACUUUUUUAAUCCAAAAUUCACUAAAUUUAUGUAAAUAGACAAAUAAAGUCUAACGUAGAUAAAAACUUGAUUGUAAUUUGUUUAAACUAAGAAAUUUCAGUUUUCUUAUCAAGACGCACGUGUAUGUUAUGAGAUCUCAUUACGUGCAUAUUAUUGUUAAAUGUCAUUUACAAGGAAUGUUCAUAGUGCGAUUUUUAAGUUUACCGACAUAGGCGUAGAAAAACGUUAUUAACUUACCUUCCGUAUGUUCUAAUAUGUUAAAUUAUUAAAUUGCUUUCAUUUUCAAAAUCAUCUAAAAUGAUUUCAAUGACCGCUGUGUUAUUCAAUUGGACAUUUAAUGACAGAUGACAGUUCCUUUGUUUGUUGCCAUCCUGUGCCAUGACUUGUGACGCGCCCUAAACACGCGUAUUGCACUUAUCACACAAAAUCGCCAUAAUUUAUGAUAGAUAAACCUAGACUUACAAAACCCAGGGCCGCUGAGAGCCAGGCCGGGCCCCAGGACAAUUCUCUAGAUCGGGCCCCGUGAUAAAAAAAUAUUUAACCAAAAACUGUUCUUCUACUGAAAUAGAAUUAUAGAAUUUUUCUCCCUACUUCAAUUACCUCUUCUUCUAAAAAAAAAGUCCUCAGCCGAAACUUAACUUCCCACUCUCAUCUUGUGUCGAAUUUCUCAUGCAGAACAAAAAAUGCUGUUGUCGCGCCCCCCUUACAGUGCUACCGGGCCCCCAUUUAAGCCCGGGCCCCGGGAAUUAGUCCCGGCUACCCCCCCUCUAGUCGGCCCUGACAAAACCACCGCCAAGUCUUGCACCAAUGAAUAAUGAAGUGUCAUAAAACCAAAGAGCCAAAUAAUUAAAUCGACAUAACCUAAAUUAUUCUUUUUUAAUCAUCAUUUGGUUUUGCUACUAACGCCUGCGCACGGUUGUUAAUUGGCUUUUGUUUUUAGCCUCUCGUAUUUUUACGCCACAAAAUAGGUUAUUCAAGUAUUAUUAUUAUUAAGAGAUGUAGCAAUAAAACUGUGUGAUCAACACGUGUUAAGGACUGGACCUCUACCUCCUUUGAUCAUAUUAUAGGCCAGGGGCCCUAUUCUCGAAUGUCGCAUUCGUCACAAUGUCUACUACUAAUGACUAUCAAAAUGUCGAUCGACUGACGCUAUCCGUAUUCUCAAAGACAAAUAGACAUUUUAAAAUCGGUGACAUAUUUGGCGAAUGGUAAUAUCUGACAACAUUGGAUAGAAACAUACAAUGCGAGUAUAUUACAGCAGACAUUUACUUGAAGGAUCUCUUAGAAAUACAAAAUAAUACUGAAAAUAUAUCUUUUUAAUAAAUACUAAUUAGAAAGUAGAGAAAAUAUAAUAUAAUCUUUUUAACUGAAAUUUCAUGUGGGAUUAAAUAGAACAUUGGAAGUGCAAUUUGGUAAGAGAUUAAAUAGAAAGAAGAAGAAAUAUAUUAUUAUAAUAUAAUCUAAACACUAUAUAAAAGGACUGUCAUAUAAUCUUUUUCCUUUCAAUUUGAAAAAAAUAGAGCUAUAUAAAUUUCUUAAUGACAGGAAUUAAAUCUCUUGAACAGACAGGACUAAUGAUUGAUAAAUUAGAUGAAAUUGCAAUUUAUACAAUAGUUAUUUUCAUUUCUCUUAAAAAUAAACAUAAAUUAUCACUGUCGCAACACUCAUAUUUAUAUUGUAACAUUAUCUUUAAAAAGGAAUGUCGACUGGUUGAAUACCACUCGACUUUAUGUCCAACAACAAAUGUCGAAUUCGCCAUUUGAGAAUACGUUUUUGCGUUCUUGUUCGACAUAUCAUCAAUGUCGCGUGUGACAUUUAGAAAUAGACAUCCGAGAAUAGGGCCUCAGGAGCAGGUUUUCGUAGAUUUUUAUUGUUAGACGAACCGUGCAUAUUUUUCAGUCAACGGUCGCACAGAAAACGAUCCGCAUUGAACUAAUAAAAAAACUCUCCUAGUUGUUGCUUCUCAUCUAUUUUUGACGAUCUUCAAACGGCAAUCGGACACUCAUUUUAGGCUGAUGUACACGUAAUCACUGCAUCUCUUUGGCUCGGCGAGUAUAAAAGUAAUAGUAAAUGUAUUUCUUGUUCUAUAUUGUACAAAUAUUGUAUUCGUUUUUUCGUUCUUUUUAUUUUCAUAAAAAUGUUUAUAUGCUGUACAUAAAUAUUUAUAGUCCAAUUCAAUAGAUAAAACAACAAAACAUGAAAUUAUUAAUUUACAUAACUAAGACACUCGCAGAAAAAUUGCCUUUAAAUAGAUUUUUCGUUGUUGAAAGUACCGUAUUUCAAGGUUUCAUGAACAUUUAAACAACGAUUAAGGAGUAGUAAGAACGAUCAUUAAAAUGUAUGAACCUGAUAAACUUUGACAGAUGUUUAGAUUGUGAGUUAUUUGAAGUUUAAGUCACUCAGACUGCAAUUAUUGUGUAAUUUCUCCCUCUAUUCGAUAUGUAUCGUGUCGAAAUGGCACAUAAGAAUCCCUGUGCAGAUAUAUCACAUUGACAAGCUCUGUCAAAGUUUAUUAGACCAACAAAUUUAAAGAAACGUUCUUACAACCGGCUGUAACACUUUUACAAUCACAUCAACGUACCCGACAGUAUAUAAAAAAAUUAAAACAUAAACAAAUGGUAAUUUUUGCGUACUGCAGCAUUAAAAUUAAUAUUGGUCUUUAUACUCCAAACAGUCUAAAUUUAACGUCAAUUUAAAUAACCGCACCUAGAGAAAUAAUUCUUUGAAUUUUUGUGUGAUGGACUUUUUAUUUUUACGAGCUUUAAUGCAAUUUUUAAUAUUUUUAUUUAAUUUAAAUUUAUUUGAAAUAUAUUUUUUAUAGUGUUACUGAACAAAUAUCCAAUUUUUUCAGAAGUAUUGCUGGUGUUCAAUAUUUAGUGAUAUUGAAGUAAUCCUGCAAUAUUAGUUUAAUGGUAUUGAAAUUGUCCCUUUUUUAGACAUAUAACACUAAUUGUUUUCUAGUUAUGUUGUGAUAAUGUGAAAAAAAAAAUUGAAUUUAUGUGAAACGAUGGAUGAAAUUCAUCAUCACAUAAUGACUUAGGAAUUGUGCAUAAUAUAAAAAGCUUAACGUUGUUGACUUUACCAAAGAUUUUAUUUAUUAUUUUCGUAAUGUUUUAAGUGAGCAACUCAGGUAUGUUAAAAUAUCUAAUAAUUACUGUUUUUGUUUGUCAUUUAUGCGAGUGUUAAAAUAUUUUUUUACUUUUGAUUGUUUUUGAAUAAAAUGUUUUAUGUACAAUUAACAUUGUUAGAAGUGUAGACAUUGAAAUCAUUUUAUAUGAACAAUCAAGUGAUGUUAUAAGUCUCAAAAGUUCGUCUUUUGUGAAGCCAAAAAAGUAUUAUAUUUUCAACAAAAACAUUAAAUAAAGGUGUUAAGCAUAUCUGAAUUGAUCUAUGCAUUUUUAAAUAUAUAAUUUAUGUGAAUGUUUAAUUAUGACUUUGUAUAAUGUGUUUGGGAAAGUUUUAGAGAUGCCCCAGCUUGCCAAUAUUAUUAAUUAAAAGUAUAAAAAUAAAAACUUUAAAAUAAUCUAGUACAAAAAUAAUUUAAAAUGUUAGUAAAAUAAGUAUUAUUAAAAACAUACAAAAUAAAAUUAAAUAAAAAAAUAUAUAUAAAAUAAAAAUUGUAAUUAUCUACUUAAAGUAUCAAAUCGCUAUUACAGUUCAAUGCCUAGUUGAUCAAAUUAAUAAUAAUUAGUAAUUUAGUUGAAAUAAGUUAUAAUUUUAAAGUAAAUCUGCUUCUAAAAACUUCCUAAAUACAUAAUUCAGAUCGAAUGCAUGUGAUAGAAGGACGAAAGUUAAGUAUUAUUUUUUUGUUAAAUAUUUAGAUAUGUUAUACUUUUAUUUAUUUUGUACUUUAUAAAAUCUGCCAGAUUCUGUAAAUCGACAUUCAAAUACAUUUCAAAGAAAUGUAUAUAUUGUUAAAAAUAUGUAAUGUUUUAGAUAUUUAUUAAUGUGAGCUUAGAGUAGUGAAAAUAUAAGGAAAGAAAAAUAACCCGCUACAAUUAGUAAAUGUUUAGAUCUAUGUAUCACAGGUCUAUGUUAGCACUAGGCUGUUAAAAAUCCAACAGAUCAGAGAUACAAACAAGUUAAACUAUCACCCAGUUACUACAGAGUAGUUCUCAUUUGCUGCUUUGCUUUAAGAAUGUAAAAGAAAACAAAAAUUACACUAGAAUUUUUUCGAAGCCAUGUAAUUUUUUAAUUUUGAAUUUUCUUAGAUAAUUCAGUAAAUUAAUUAAAAAAAGUAGAUUUUGUUUAGAGAUAACCUGUUACAAAGUGAUGAUUGAUAGGUGAACAAUUUUGUUCUGCUUACAGUGUUGUGCCAAACCAUAUCCCAUUUCAGCUGGCUGUUUGCACAGAAAUUUAAAAAUUCACUUAACCAUUUUAUUAUUUAAAAUCAUAUUGUAGUAUCAAUGUGUUGUACUCUGAUGUACCUAUUUCUCUGAUGGUGUACUAAAAUAUAAAUAAACUAUUUAAUGUA